AUGAAUCACACAACUGAAACUUCUGCUGGCGGUAUUGAUCCGUUCUUCACAUGCCGAAAUCACCAUCUCGGUUCCGAUUGCGUCUUGGAUGAUGCCAGUUUCGCGGCCUUGUCAGAAGCAUUGACAGAGGCGAAUACAGUGUCUUCACAACAUAAUGACCGUUGGUUUACCGAUACCCCGCUUCGAAACCUCUCGAAUGAUUCUACAGCUUCUUCAUCCCCUUUUACACCAGGGUUGUCGAUAUCAAGACCCAAGCUUGGCAGUCGAUUCUCUAGAGAAGUCAUCCGCACUUUGAAAGACUGGCUUGCAGCACAUGAGCAACAUCCAUACCCCAAUGAAAGCCAGAUGGAAUCUCUCCGUAAUCGAACCGGGUUGAACAAAGCGCAGCUGACCAAUUGGUUUGCAAAUGCUCGUCGACGGGGUAAGGUGCAGAGUGUUCGACCCACGUCACCUCAAGUCCAUACUACGUCGACCCCGAUCGAUAUCAUCCAGCGACCCGGCACACCCGCUGUCAGGGCAUCUAUGGACUACAAGGACCCCAUGCAACGAUGGGUGGAAUCACCUCCGGAACAUGAGCCUGCAGCUGUUGGCGACAUUGCUCGCGCUAUGGCUUCCCGCGAGAAUGGUUCCGGGCACUUUUCGUACAACCAACCGUGGCAAUCGCCUUGCGCGAUGUCAUCAGCAAGUAGUGCCAGGACUUCCCAGUCCAGCGAAUGCUCGGGUCAUUGCUCUUCGGGGUCGCAGAAGUCACUCAAAAGGCAUGAAAAGUCGCUCCAUCUUCCCCUUGAAAAAUGGAUAUGUGCACUUCUAGGCCCCCGAGCAACAAAAGAGUCUCCUGGAGAGCAAUGCUGCGUCUACUGUGGCGAGACUGAGCCGGACGAUGCUCAUAUCGAAGCGCACCAUUAUUCGGCCUGCCAAGAGCGGAAUCUUGAGGAACGCACGUUCCACCGCAAAGACCAUCUUGUCCAGCACCUUCGUUUGGUGCAUGGUGUUGAAUUCGCCGAAUGGUCAAUGGCCCACUGGAUGCUACCUAUACCUGAUGUUCGAUCUCGUUGUGGAUUUUGUGGCACCAUCAUGGAUACGUGGCUAGAGAGAACCGAUCAUCUUGCGGAUCACUUCAAGUCCGGCGCUACAAUGGCCAGUUGGCAAGGCGACUGGGGAUUUGACGACUCUGUUACGCGCUUGGUGGAGACUGCUAUUCCCCCAGAGCUCAUCGAUUGGGAAAGAAGUACACUCAUCCCGAUGAAAGGUAGCGACCCGUCAUGGGGUACUCCACCAAACGCGUACGAACUGCUCAAGAUCGAGAUUGAAUUCUUUAUUCAAAGAACUUACGACAAUGAGGGGCAUUUGCCUGAUAACGAUGCCAUACAGCUUGAGGCGUGUCGCAUCAUCUUUGCAGCCGAGACAAGCUCUCCCACAACUACUACUGCACCCCACGAUAUUUCAUGGCUGCGAGACUUGAUCAUGUCAUCUCCGGGAAUCACUGAGCGUGCUAGAUUCCAGCCCGUACGAACUUCCCGCGAGAGCAGGCAUUUUCCAUUGAGAAUACUUGCCAAAGAUCAUUUGUUCGAGCAGUGCCCCAUGGAGGCACAUCUACAGGACUUUGUUUUGAGACAGAAAGUAGCGGGUGCAGUGUUAGACGACGCACAACUACAUCACGAGGCAUGCCAGAUCGUAAGGCAGAUGGAGCAGGAAUCGAGUACACCAUCCGACGUCUUUGCCAAUUGGAUCGUCAAGGGAAUCUAUUCGGGUAUGGACUGGCUUUCAAACUUUAAGAAACGAGCAGCAAUUUGCGAAACUGUUGGUAUGACAGACCUAACCAACGAGUUCAACUUGGACACCAUCUUCGAACCAUCAUGGUCACGACCAUCUCCGUUAAAGCCUUCAGUGGCACCGCUUGAUACUCAAUUCCCAGCCCAAGACGUUCCUGAUAUCUUCUCACCACUGCCGACUUUCUCAGAAGCACCUACCGUCGCAUCUACAUCAGUAAAUCGAACUGACGUUCAUGGUCGAUUGCGGACGUUGCUUCCGGACGACACUAAUUUCUACCGCAUUUUCGACAGCGACAUGCGACGCUGGGCAGCCUCAACACUAUCACCGAAGAACCCAAACUGCCACAUACCCUCUGACGAAGAAAUCCAGCACCAAGCACGAUGGAUCAUGUACGAUGGCGACGAUCCGUGGAACCAAACACCCGCAGACUUUCCGAGUUGGCUGUGGCGGUUUAAGAAGGAUGUUGGGAUUGCGACGGAUGCUGAAGUUGUAAAUCCUCAUGAGCUGGCUGUUCAGCCGGAUUGUAACUAA